AUGUUUUCCUCAUCGCUGCAAUUUAAAUUUGAUCCUUUAAGCCAUAAUGAUAUGCUUUUCAAUUUCCAUAAGGAUGGAGAACCAAGACAAUUCAAAAGACGUAAAACUUCAAUGAACCAUCAACAUUGCAACUCUUCUUCAAAGGAGAAUGCCAAAAGGAAACAUAAGACUAAAAAAAUUGAGAUCAUGAAAGAACUGCAUUCUAAGAAUGAUGAGCACUAUGUUAUUAACCUUAAAAAGAGAAUAGCAAAUAAAUCAGUGACUGAAUAUGUUAACCAACAAAUUCAGUUAUAUAAAGAGACUCAUUACAGACCUACUUAUUAUAUAGAAACUGACAGAUUUGGAAACCAAUAUUAUAUUGAAGAUUCGAUGACUUCUUCAACCCAAAGAAAGUUAGAGUGCGACGCACUAGACAAUCUGGACAUGACAAGGAUAGGUAAAGAAAUUGCAGAACGUUCAUUUAAUGACUACAUAAUUGAAAAAGGAAGUAGAUCAAAUGAGAUAGUAUUAAGGAGUCGAAAAGAUUUGAUUGAUGAAGAGUAUUCGUUUGAUAAUGACAUUGACACUUUUGAGGUACUGGGAUUUGAUCUCGAGGUCAAUUAUAAAGAAAACGAGCGUAUUGCCUACGAGGCUGUUAUGAUAGUAGAAUUGAAUUUAAUGCAUACCACUAACGCUAACUCAAAAAACAAGAAUAAAACGAAACAUCGUCAUCGUCGUCAUCAUCAUCAUCAUCUUACUAAUAGUAACACUAAAAAAUCAGAAAUCAGAAACAACAGCCUAAUAAAAUACCGACCAAUACUAGAGGAUAUUGAAGAUGCCGAGAUCCAAUCAUUUAACGAAUCAAUGAAUUGUAAUCCACAACCAUCAUAUAUAAUCGAAGAAGUAUAA